UCAGAACAAGUCACAACCAUUUAUUUAUUAUAAUGUUGAGUGAGAGGUGCUCGGUGGGUAUAUAUGACAUUUCCGUUUUUAAUAAUUCAGAAUCAGGUUGCUUAAUGAUAACCAUUCAUCAGACACUGUACACUAUUCCUCAAUUUAAGGACAACACAAGUUCAGACUGCGGACCUAAAGUUCUCGAGGAGUAACAAGGAAUAAACUAAAACAAGUUCAGACAUCUCGUAACAGCAAUAUCUUUUUGUUAGUAAUCAUUAGACCCUACUGAAGAUCACGGUAAACAAAAACACAGCAGCCUUUGCCCAGAAAUAUUAAGAGAGCUAGGAACAAGAUAUACUAUCGGAACCAAAGACUGGAAAAGGCCUACAGACCUCAAGAGGACAAGAGUGAUGCAGAAGGAAAAAGAAAGUUUAAUAGAACUUUAUAACAUACUGCUAUUUAUAUCGGUCUAGUCAUUGUGGAUAAUUGCAUGCGAAUUAUAUAUCACUCCUGACAGUCGUAUGCAGCAGUCACGUGAUAUCACUCCUGACAGGCAAAGGGAAGUGCAGCAGUCACCAUUACUCUGGUUUUUUGUCUUUUCUUGUUGCAGCCGGGCCAUCAAAAUGGAUACAGGUGAGCGGUCGCUGUACAAAAAUCAGUGUGAAGAACUUGUAAAGGACAGACAAAUCUUCCGGGAGAAGUUACAAGAGUUUCCGCACCUUUUUAAACUGAAGGAUUAUUCCGAUGUGACACUGGAACGAAAGCAAUUUAUGGUAGAUAAAUUAAAAUCAGAAAGAACAGAUGAUGGUAAUUAUCGUACACCAGUAGAGACUAUAUGCAUCUCUAAUCUCAUCGCCUUUCUCUCGUUUCUGACAAAAGAUGUUGAGACAGCAGUCGAUGAGACUGAAAAAGUGUUGGCUACACCAAACAAUGACACUAACAUAGUAGCUUUGGCCAACAUGGCUAUAAUGAAGUGGGAAAUGGGGAAGAGGGUGGAGGGAGAAACCUUUGUUAAAAAAUUGGAGGAACUCCGUGGGCAGAGGAACUUUGAAGACAAGGUGACAGACGCUAAAGCUGAGAUGGCCUACUGCUACUCCAGAAUGGGGAUGUCCUUCGCGUCAUUGGCGGUGGACAUUUUUGAAGAAGUCGUAACUGUCAGACCACACGAUUACACUUGGAAAUUAGGCCUAGCGCUCGUUUUGAGGCGUUUCACACACACUAAUUACAGAAUGUACUUUGGAAUGUCUUCUGAUUUAACCUCAAAGCGAUCGCUGAGAGCCUUUGACCUUCUCUUUGAGAUCAGGAACAGCGACGCUCCAGAAGGGCAAAGAGCACAGGCUCUGGUUGAGCUUGGCGUGCUUCUGGACCAAUGGUGGAAUGCUGACCUCUCGAGAGUACUGAAAAAGGCAAAAGAAAAAGGUUUAACUGCUACACACUGUUACGAAGAAGCUGUUAGUUUAGGACCAGCAGAUGUUCAUGUGCUUGUGAAGUGUGGGAAAUUUUUUAAAAAUAAAAAUAAAUUGGGAAAAUCUCGAGAAAUACUUGAGCGCGCCAUCGCAAUCAGACCAACAACAACUGCCCAUCAUUACCUCGGGAACACAUUUAUAAAAAUGGCCGUUUCCCAUCAAAAACAGUGUCAACAAGAAAGCACUAGAAGACAGACACAUUCCGUUGGACGUAGACUUUCAAAUAUGACUGUGAGCGAAACCAACCGUACACAUGUCAGCCAGAGUCCUGCUGCUAGUGCGACCUCGGCAUACAGAAGCAUUUUAAAAUCGCCAAGAAGGCUACCCUCAUUAACACGUGAUGACAUGUACGUUAAAGACGCACUUCAUCAUUUUCAAGAGUCAAUAAGAUUGUCCCACAAGGAAAAUUCUUCGGCUGUGUAUGAUCUAGGUCUUUUGUUUACGUCUCUUGGGAACGACGAUAAAGCUCUUGACUUAUUCUUUACACUCAUUAACGAGCAAGAGUCACGUGGAAGCCCUCUGCAAAUUAUUAAUGCGUAUGAACAGGCUGGUCUCAUUCACAUGAGAAAAAGUGUAAGGGCCGGGGACGAUAAUGCUGCCGAGGGCUGCAGACUGCUUCAAACCGCUCUGCAGUUGCAGUGUCAGGCUGGGCCGUCACUUCCCACUGGUAACCCUGAUUUCAAAACUCUCUGGCCUUCGUUUUACGAACUCUGUAACGCCGCCAGAAACAAAGAUUCUAGAUAUCUUCGUUUCAAACUCUUUGAAAUGGUAAACAACUACGCAGAAUGCCUCAACGUCUUGGACGAGAUGUCUAAAUUUAGUCACAAGGAAGCGGUUGAUCCUAAGUUUCUGGAGAAACGGCUUAUCUGCUACGUUAACCUCGAGCGUUACGACGACGCCCUACUAUUCUUGAGCCUACUAGAGGUAACAGAAGAAAGAGAAAUAAUUCUCCAGUGGUCAGAUCCAGACCUUCCAAGACGUGUUCGUAUCAUGGCUGCCAAGAAAAUGCUUUUGAACAUAAAUGAUACACGAUUUGGUACCACUGAGGACAAGGUGAUAAAGAAAUGUUUUUUGCAAGCGAUUACAGCGAAAUCCUCCCAGUCGGAUGAAGAGACUCAAAGGGAGUACGUGGACAAUGGUUGGGACGAAGAUCUGGAGCCUAAAUGGUGGCAUGUGAUGAUUCUUCAUGACCUGGAGGACGACGACAUGAAGGUUAAAGGUCUGGCAAUUAAGAACAUUUUACAAAACGUGUGUGGGCUGCGCGUCACGUGCAUGUCAGACGACGAUGACGUCAGACCGUAUCACCCCGAGGUCUGGAAAAUCCUCGAAAAUGCUGAAAAAUCCCAGAUUCUCGUAGUACUCUGUGGCACUAAAACGUUUUCAGAUGACUUUUGUAACAAUUUCUUGCAGGUGCUUCCUGAAGUUCGUUCUUCUGGGAACAGCACGCGCAAAGCUCUUCUUGCUUUGCAAAUUGAGAACGCUCAUCAACCAAAGAAUUUGCAUCCUGAUCGCUGGUUCCAGUGUUCGCCUACUUUGUACGGAACUUUUGAAGUCUACACUCCAGAACUAAUCAGUGAUAUUUGCAAACUAUUUUGUUUCUUAGCGAACAUAUCUGUUUGAAAGUCUUGCUUUACGCUUGAAACAUGAUAUACGCAGUUGUGGAAUAUACGACCUCUAAUGUGAGAUAGAUGAUGUAAUUUUUAAAAGGAAUACUUUGGAAAGUUUAGAAAAGAUGUGUAACAGAAUGUAAAAAAAAAAAGGUUGCAUUCACUUUCGUAAAAUGGGGUUGAUCCAUUACAGUACUUUGUUUAAACGCGCGUGUCAUGGUUUAGAAACACCAAAAUCUUCUAAUGAGAAUCUGUUAUCAAACAUUUCAAUCAGUGCCUUUGCCCUCCGUGUAAGACUGUUUUAAAUAAGAGAUGAUGUAUUGUGACAAUCAUACAGCCGUAUUUACUGUGAGAUCUUGCUGCUAUACUUUGAUGCUGUAUGUGUGUAUAUGUCGUGCUCUUUUUUUGUGUUUUGGUCUCUAUAUGUACACUAUGUUUAUUUUGAAUAUAUAUUUCUUUAUUUGUGUAUUUUUGUUUGCCUGUAAAGGGAAAUAUGAUAUGAAAUGUGAAAUCUUAUUAUGAUUAUUAACUUGAAAUCAAGAUUCAUUUUACCGCAAAAUAUUGUCUUCUAAAUUGAAUUUUUUAAAACGGAUUAAUAUGGUAGCUGAAAUAAUGUAGAUUCUUACC